AUGGAGACAGUUCCAGAGGACGAUCUCCUCGUGCGGCAGCGUGAGAAGCUGCUCGCCAACGCCGCGUGGAUUCGGCGUCAGCAGCGGCGGAUGCACGGCACCGAGGGAGGCGGCGAGGACGCCGCUGACGCGGAGUACAACACGUCGGACGACGAAGUGAUGAGCGGGGAGGGCGCCGGGGCCACGCCGCACGCGCGGUACUCCGCGGGGGCGGAGUUGACGUCGGCGUCGGCGGCGCGGCAGCCGUCCGUGGGCAACGCCGCCCGUCCCACGGCGGACCGACAGGUGAGCGGCGUCCGCCCAGGCGGCCCGGGGACCGUCAGGAGCUCCGGGAGGAGGGGCGACGCCUACACUACGGUGCGCGGGGGAUCGGCUUUGCGAGUGCAGGAGCGCAGUGCCCUCUGGCAGCUUCGCCGGGGGCAGAAGCUGGAGGAGCAGCGCGUGCUGCACGCGGAGGACUACUCGCAAUGCACCUUCAGCCCAGCGAUACAUGGGCGCCCAGGGAAUUUGUCGGGCCCUGCCGUUUUGGCGGCGCCAGGUGUGGAGCAGUUUCUGCAGCGGCAGGCGCGUGCCAGGGAGCUUGCCCGCCUGAAGGAAGAGCGCGGCCGCGUGGAUGGCAGCAGGUGGGUGCAUCGCCUGACGGUCGCGGAGCCUUUUUUGCUUGGGCAGCGGCCGGCGGUGGAGUCGCUCCGGCCACCGAUAGAAAACGUGCCGGGAACCACACGGGAACUUCUCUUGGAAGGGGAAAUGGAGCUGCUGAGCGGUGGCGUGCGAACGGUGCCCAGCGAUCCACGUGGGUCGUUGCUGUCCACAACUCCGUCCUCGUUUGCGGCGCUUGCAGCCGCGGCCGGGGUCUCGCUUCCGCCCCCUGGCGCCUUCAGCUCGUGGACGACGCUUUACUGCGGCGGCGAGCAGCCCAAGGAGGACAAUUCUGAGACCCGCAGCACUGCAUCACAAUGA